AUGGCUGGUUUACACGGCUGGUUUAAGGUGUUCAUCCUUGUGAUGUUCGUUGCCUGCUUGACCACUGCCGAACAAGGAGACCUUGGCUCCCGUAACAACAGUGAGCCAUUCCUCUUGGUGGCUGACUAUGGUGGACGAACCAUUCUCCAAAUUAACAUCACUUCCGGAUCAAAGGUCACACUGCCACUGGUAGAUGUUGGAACGCCCAUCGCCCUGGACUACGACCCGCUCACCGACUUCGUGUACUGGUCAGAUUAUCGGAACAACAUCAAACGGGCUCGCCGUGAUGGAACUGGCAUGGAGACCAUCAUAGAAAUCGGCAGCAGUGUCUAUGGCCUGGCGUUGGACCACGCAGGGGGAAAUAUCUACUGGUCUGUCUACAGCGCUCAGACUAUCUCUGUGGCAAAGAAGGAUGGAUCGUCCGCCAGGACUCUUCUGACGUCACCUGACAUUGUGUACCCUGACGGCCUGGUCCUGGACCCCAGGAGUGGAUCCCUGUACUGGGUCACCCAGGACUCGUCAAAUGCCAGGAUUGUCCGAGCUGCGAUGGAUGGAAGUAACAAAACCAUAAUCGUCAGUGGUCUGACUGAUCCCUCCGCCAUUACGAUAGACUACUAUGGUGAGACAAUAGACACUAGUUAG